AUGGCUUUUACCAUUUUUUGUCCGCGUGAAGUUAUCUUGGAAAGGUGGACAACUUGCAAGAAUUUGCCUUGGUGGUAUUAUAGAAAAACAGUCAUCAAUCCUGUGAUAGCUUCCGAUGGGUGGUUCUUAAAUAAAAUAACCAAUGACUUUGAAGAAUCCAUGCAAUUUUAUUCCAGAAAAUGCACGAUGAAAAAAAAUCGGCAAAAAAUUUGUAAAUCCAAAUAUCAGCAUCAAACAACGCCUGCAGAUUCUCAUCAAGAAAGCGAUUUAUUGCUUCAAGGUCAAAAUCAACUUGAAAGCGAAGAUAUUGAUUCGACAUGUCAUCCGGAGGAUAAAUGCUACAGUGAUAGCGGUAGAAAGGAUGACUACCAAGCUGUGACGAUCACAAGACUUUAUAAACCCUUAUCGACUUGGCUUCCUGUGGUACCUUCUUAUCCUUUACAGCGAAUCGAAGAGGUGACAGAAGAGGAAACUACAGAUGAUCCGCCUAAUGAAAGUCUACAUAUAAAUCAAAGCUCAUUAAAUACCAGUAGUUGUAUUAAAAUCAAAGAGUAG